UGAAUUUCUGAGAGUUUGGGUUGAGUUGGCAGCUGAAAUUCAGGUACGGGCAUUUCCUCCAGCGCUGUUCCAAAGAUACGUCGUGGUUCUUUCCUCUUCUUUUUCCGUCUUCCUCCCCAGGAACUGAUGCCAGCUUUUUCCAAGAAAGCCGGGAAAAUGCAAAGAUGAGUGGAUCUGAGCAAAUGUUGCCGGCGGUGUCUGCCAAGAGAUCUUAAAAUUAAACUCAUCCUGGGAGGGGUUCAAGAUGAGAUUUGCAGAACCGAGAUAAUCUAAGCAAAUUUCCAGGGGCUCUUUCCUACAAAGGCCAAGAUUUGGACCCAUCAUGUCUUUUCCUUACGGUGAUAUUGAAAAUCCUGGCUACCGCUAUUCUGAAACAUUGGAAAUCGACAAGCUAAGACCUUCUCAAAGGAGUACUUCUUUUAAUCACAGUUCAGGCAAUACCUUUCCUUAUGUCCCCUUUGAAGAUUACAACAGGGGAGGAGGACAAAGGCAGAACGCACCAGUUCUAAUACCGCUGAACUUAGUACGGAGUGAAUAUGAGGAUGAAUAUCAACCAAGAGAUUUGGGGGUUGAGUUGCCCCAUUCAAACCCAUAUGGAAAUGCACAUGUGAAUCCUUCCUUUGAGUAUCAACCAGAAUUUGGAUGGAUGUUACCUCCUACCAGCCAUGCUUGCAAUAUUCAGGAUGCAGACAGGUACUCAGAUGCAUCAGAGAGAGUUAACAUUGUCCGGAGACAUAGCAGGCGAGACAGCGAUGCAGAUUUUGCAACACCCAGCUUGCUUCGUUUAGACCCAGGCUAUAUGGAAGCAAAGAGGAAAGAAGAAGAAAAAUUAAUCAACGAUUUGUCAACCAUGUCUAGCCGUGAAAGAGUUAAAGCAAUCCAGAAGAUUCCCAAAUCAAUGAAAGAAAAACGUGAGAUUAGGAACCGUGUUCUUACAGAAAGAAAAAAGAACUCCCACAGCCGGGAUGCGCAUCUUAAUUGUUGUACCCAGUGCUUCUACAGCACAGCUUUGUCCUUCCGGCAGUUAAAGAACAGCUUUGUGGACUGCCUUCAGCUCUUUCGGUUUUGGCAGAAGACGCUCAAAGACAUCGGCAGCCAAUUUGGGACCAGCAUCCAUUCCUACUUUGUGUUUCUGACAUGGCUUCUCAUGUUCAACGUUUUCUCAUUCCUUGUGAACUUCAGUUUUCUUGCUGUUCCUCAGCUCAUUGCAGCCCAACCAAACCACCUUUCCUUCAUGGGCCUGGAGUUUUUCACCGGAGCUGGUUACUUUACAAACACGGUGCUCUACAGCGGCUUUUAUACCAACGCUACAAUAGCAAAAAUUGAGAACACCUCGCCAUAUUACAUGCAGCUAGCUUACAUUUUCACAAUUGGGAUUUAUUUUAUCAUCUGCUUUCUCAGCUUGAUCUACAGCAUGGCAAAAUCCUUCCAUAGCAAUGUCAUUAUGCCUCAGAUGCGCUCUGGAAACGCUGCCAAGCUCCUUUGCAUCUGGGACUUCAGCAUAAUCGGCGAGAAAGCCGUACAGAUGAAUCAGAAAAAUAUCAGCACACAGAUCAAGGAGACCCUUUCUGAAAUGCGUACUGAAUCUCUGAAGCUUCCUCUGAAGCAGAGGAUUUCUCGCAUCUCUAUUCAUCUGGCCGCAUGGUUUCUCUCGUUGGGCUCUGCGGUGGCUUCGUGUGCUGGCAUUUAUUUCUUUUGCCUUAUUAAUUUAGAGUUAUUUCUGAACCAGGAAAACACCAAGCUGACAAAUGAAGCUGCCACGCUGGUUUUGCCUAUCGUGGUGAGCCUCCUCAACCACGUGAUGCCUUUCCUAUACUCGUUUUCCAGCUUGGUUGAAAAGUUCACCUAUCCCAGGCACCAGAUCUACACUGCUAUUAUCAGGAAUAUCAUCCUGAAAAUAUCUAUCAUUGGAAUCCUCUGCUACUACUGGCUCAACAUAGUGGCUAUAUCCAAAGUAGAGUGCUGGGAGACCAUGGUUGGCCAAGAUAUAUACAGGCUGCUCAUAGCAGACUUUGUAUGCUGCCUCCUAGGUUCAUUCUUUGGUGAAUAUCUACUACGACUUAUUGGCACGAAAUGCUAUAAAAAACUUGGAGUGCCAGAAUUUGACAUUGCUCGAAAUGUUUUGGAUUUGAUCUACGCUCAGACUUUGACAUGGAUUGGGAUCUUCUUCUCCCCUCUGCUUCCUGCCAUCCAGAUGAUAACAUUUUUUAUAAUAUUUUGCGUGAAAAAGAUCAGCCUGUUGAUGAACUGCCAGCAGCCCCGCAAAGCUUGGCGAGGAUCACAGAUGAACACCAUCUUUGUUUUCCUGCUCUUUUUCCCAUCUUUCACUGGAGUCCUCUCGGUCAUCGCAGUCACCGUCUGGAGACGGAAGCCUUCAGAAGCAUGUGGUCCUUUCCGAGGUCUGACAACUACCUUUGAGGCUAUUUCUGGGUGGGUGUCACUCCUGGCUUCUUACCCGAGUUCAGGAUGGGUAGUGUGGAUCUAUCACAACAUAAUCGAGAGCACCUUUUUCUUCUUCAUCCUUUCCAUCAUUGUGCUGAUGAUCACAUAUCUUUACUGGCAAAUCAUCAGUGGGCGAAAAACAAUGGUUAAACUCCUACAAGAGCAAAUUGUUAAUGCAGGCAAAGAUAAAAUGUUUCUACUGAAGCAAUUACGGGCACUGGAAGCUUCUAAGUUGCUGUGUUUGGGAAGGCAACCAGAGAGGGAUUUCUCUCUGAACCAGCUGCCUAAGGAACAAAUCCGUGUUUUCCUGCCCAGCUGCAUGGAGCACUCCCCGUGGAUGGAAGAGAGAGCUUUGUCUACUGAGUCUGCUAGAUACCCUGCGAUGACCAGCUUUACUCACGAGCCUAGCCAAAUAACCAGGAAUGCUGGAGUAUCUGAAACCCUGGUUUUGGCUUUGAGAGCCAGGCAAGAGGCUGAAUGGGAAAUGGAAAAUGAAGAAAGCUCAUGAAAGUUGGAGUGAAGUAAUGUCCACCUGCACCAAGCACCCCUCAUCUAGAACUCUGCUAUUUGCACAAAUAAUGUCUCAGUAGGAACUGACAGAACUCCAAAAAUGAGAAUUUUUAAAUCAAAUUACUGUACGCUUUUACAUUUGUUGAGGUUUUUCUUUAUUAUGACUUCAGAAAAUGCAGGUGCCAAACUAUUCUUUAUGACAAGAAUCUCUCCCCAGAACUUACUGUACACUUGAGGAAACAGGCUAAUCAAUUUUAAGAUGGAAAUCUGAUAGUGGAGUAAUAUAACUUAUUCCAGAUUGUAACUGCCAGGAAUAAUUCCUUAAGCAUUGUCAUCAUUUUCUCUCCAAAUUUAUUUUUAUAAUUGUAAGGAUUUUUUUUUU